CACCAUUCUGGUAGCCCUGCGUUUCAUUAAGCUUCCAUUACCGGCAGCCAAAGAAGAUUGAGAUGACGACUAUACGCCGAUUUUGCUGCAAUGAUCUUCUUCGUUUCGCAUCCGUCAAUCUCGACCACUUAACGGAAACCUUUAACAUGUCAUUUUACAUGACAUAUUUAGCUCGAUGGCCCGAUUACUUUCAUGUAGCUGAAGGCCCCGGCAAUCGAAUAAUGGGUUACAUUAUGGGGAAAGUUGAGGGGCAAGGUGAGUCUUGGCAUGGCCAUGUAACGGCAGUCACUGUAGCGCCAGAAUAUCGUAGGCAGCAGCUGGCUAAGAAACUGAUGAACCUUUUGGAAGAUAUCAGUGAUAAGAUAGACAAGGCAUAUUUUGUGGAUCUGUUUGUGAGAGCUUCUAAUACACCAGCUAUAAAGAUGUAUGAGAAGCUUGGAUAUGUAAUAUACAGAAGGGUGCUACGCUAUUAUUCCGGAGAGGAAGAUGGGCUAGAUAUGAGGAAAGCAUUAUCUAGAGAUGUUGAAAAGAAAUCAAUCAUACCCCUUAAACGGCCAGUGACACCUGACGAAUUGGAGUAUGAUUAGAUCCACUUCCUAUGGAACUUCUCCCUGCUAUUUUUUAUUGUGUUGCUUCAGAACAUUUUCAUGUUUUUGCAGAGAUGGGAUAUCAGAGAGCUUUAGGUAUGCCAAACAUGUGGACAAGAAAAUGUUCUUAGUAAUGAACACAUUUAAUGUUUUCAGUGUGGUUGUGACCUUUAUCUUUCAUUGUACCUUGUAUUUGUAUAACUCUUGGAUUAUGCUUUUAUACAAUGUUAUCCUUCUUUACAAA